CCGCACGGCUGUCAGUGCGGAAAAAAUUUUACCGCACUGAUAUGUCAAAAAAAAAGAAAAAUUUUACAUUUUUUCGCCUGUAGGAAAAAUAUUGUACCUAACACUUGCGGAAAAUAUUUUUCCGCACUUGUUAGGUAAAUAGCUAUUUCGAAUCGUUCGAGACAUGUCCCUUGCCGGUCAAGGAUGAUACACAAUAUAAAUAUAUGGGAUUUUAGAACCAAUCAAAAAUGAGACAGCAAUUGUCACCACUGUGAGUUAUAGAGUCACUGUAGUUUUCAGACAUCCACGUCCGUGUGUAACCGCCUCAUGACGCCGUGCGCGAACUAGCUAUUUCGCGCACGUGUGCGCGAAAUAGCUAGUUCGCACACUGGGUGUCAUGGUGACACAUACCUGUCAGGAAAUCAAAAAUAAUUAAAAUUCACCUACCUUUGAUUGAAAAUGCAAUUUUGGCUUCGAAUGAUCGAUAUUUAAAUGGAGUUGUAGAAAAAAUAUUGUUUGCAACUCGGGCGCGAAAUACUUUGGUGAUCUCGACUUGAUACAAAAAUAACUAUUUUUGAGAAGAAUAACGAAAUAUCGAUAGUUUUCUAACAACCCUAGUAGUCAGCUGUGGCAUUUGUGGCAGUGACAUAGUUCGAGGUUAUUUAUUUCUGUAAAUAAAAAUAAAUCAAAUUCAAAUAACAAAAUCACAUUAUUUUUAUUGCAAAUCUAGUUUUAUUUAUCUAUUCGUUAUCUAGACUGAAUUAUGGUUAAUGCACCAGCAUUCUCAGAUAUCUUAUCAUAAAACAAAUAAUAUAAUAAUGGUUAUUUGCCAGUUGUUGUUAAUGUGUGGUUCAGUUUCAUUCAAGUAGGUCAACAAACUGAUAAUAAGAAAAACAUCUCAUCCAUUACCAAAGUCUACAUUACAGACUGGUUUUGGGCUUUCUUGAAUUCAAGCCACGUAUUCGCUGAAGCUUUUACUUUACCUUUAGUCGCAACUUUGUGCAGAUUGCAAAAUGAGGUUGGUAAUUUUGGAUAAUUCUAGUAAUGUUGCAGAAUGGGCUGCAAAAUACGUUAUGAAAAAAAUACAUGAAUUUCAGCCAAACGAGAAUAAAUAUUUUGUUCUAGGGCUUCCAACAGGCAGUACCCCAUUUGGUAUGUACCAAAAAUUAGCUGAAUAUUACAAAGCUGGACAACUCUCCUUUAAAUAUGUGAAAACUUUUAACAUGGAUGAAUAUGUUAAUCUACCUAGAGACCAUCAAGAGAGCUACCAUUAUUACAUGUGGAACAAUUUUUUCAAACACAUUGAUAUUGACCCGAAAAAUGCCCACCUCUUAGAUGGAAAUGCACCAGACCUAAUAGCCGAAUGCAACGCAUAUGAAGAAAAAAUUAAAGCUGCAGGAGGAAUUGAAUUAUUUAUUGGAGGCAUUGGUCCUGAUGGACAUAUCGCCUUUAACGAACCAGGAUCUUCAUUGGCCUCUAGAACAAGAGUGAAAACGCUAGCUCAAGAUACUAGGGAAGCUAAUGCAAGAUUCUUCAAUAAUGAUAUUAAUAAAGUACCAGGGCAAGCACUCACUGUAGGCGUCGGAACUGUUAUGGAUGCUAAAGAAGUCAUGAUUUUAAUAACUGGAUCUCAUAAGGCAUUUGCACUUUAUAAAGCUAUAGAAGAAGGCGUUAAUCAUAUGUGGACUGUAUCUGCUUUCCAACAACAUCCGCAUACGUUGGUUAUAUGUGAUGAAGAUGCUACUAUGGAGUUAAGGGUUAAGACUGUCAAGUAUUUCAAGUGUUUAUCUACAGAUCAUGAUCAACUUUUUCAUGAUGAUUAAUUAGUGGAACUUGGGAUUGGAGCUUAUUAUACAUUUUUUUUAUUAAUCGAAGUUUAUACAUAUUGUUGAGAGUAAAAGCAUAUUUUCAAAACCAACUGUUUUAUUUUACUCCAAAUUCUGUACAACAUCCCUUGCUCGUUUUAAUUUUAUUUGAUAUUCUUCAUCUGUCUUCUCUUCUGAAGAAUUCUCGAUAAACUUUAAAGCCUCAUCAAAAACUGUUUGUCUCGACUGUCCCUGGGCACCAUUAAAAUACUGUACAACAGUGUCCCAAAAUUCAUCUGGCACUUUACUGGAAUCAAACAGGUUUUGUUGCAGCCAUAUUUGCCUUAGCUUUUCAAAUUUCCAUUCUGACUUGCUAUGUUUCCAUUUGGAUAAGUAAUUUAAGGCUUUUUGUUGUAGUUCCAGUUCGAUUUGGACUUUCUUUUCUUCCAGUAUUUUGGCGUGUUUUCUUUUCUUUAUCGAUCUAUUUGAUUCCUUUUUUUCUUCCUUGUUUGUUUGUUUUGAAACUUCUUCUUCUUCUUCAUCUGGAUUAUUAUUGUCUCCUGUGUCCAUUGGAGUUUGGGAAUCUGCUUCAUUUUUUGUUUUUUUCUUUUUUGAUUUGCUGGAUUCAUUGUUUUCAGUUUUGUUUCUAGAUUCGUUAGAAGUAUCCUUGUUCUUUUUUCGUUUCUUUUUUGGCUUUUCACUAUCCUCUUGGUUUUGCUGCUGAAGUAAAUUAUCCUUUUCUUUGGAAACUAGUACUUUAGCAUCUUCUUUAGUUAUCAGCUCUUCGUCGAAAGAUAUUUUCGAUUUGCCUUUUUUGCUACUACGUUUAGACUUACUUUUUGUUAUUGGCUCCAUAUUUGACUGUGCUUUAGAUUUAUUUAAAUUUUUUAUAUCAACAAAAACAUGCCAUGCAACUUUUCAAAUUUUUGUGAGGUUAGGUUGGGAAACGUCAAUUUUUCUGCUUCUUUUUUUUGGUUACACCCGGUUGACACGAGUGCUGAACUGAACAUAACCUAAAAAAAAUUCAAACACAAACAAAAACAAACAAUUUUUUCCAAAGUCUAAUACAUACAUGAACAUUAUUAAUUUAUCCCUAAAAACAACUAAAAAUGAUUCACGAAUUGCUGUUUAAUUUAUAUCAUCAUCCUGGUGUAGCUAUAGAUGAUGCAGAUUGGACUCAUUUAUUUGAACUACCCCAAUUCCUUCACCCAGGAGAAGAAAAACUACUCCAAUUGAUUAUUUCAGUUGGAAUGGAUUAUCACAAAAUAACUUCAUUCACAAACGAAGUACUCAAUCAAAAUUGCGUUAAGGAAUCCGGCCAAAAUCAGUCUUUUCAAGGGGGUCCCUAUCUGACAGCCUUUUGCAAUGGUAUUCAAGAAGCCCUAGGAGACUAUCGUAAAGAAAUAAUCAAAUUGGAGAACACCUUUUUGGCUUAUCCUCAAUUAUCUUUAACGGACAUUUUGAGCUCUGUAAAUAAAUUCAAAGGGUUGUUCGAUGUGCUGAAAUCAAUGAUAAGGAAAAUACAGAUUGAAGAAUUACAUGGGUGUUUAUUGAUGAGCGGUUUGCAUCAAUACAUUCAUUGUGGAAUUGAGCAAAUUGAAAAAUCCGCUGUGGCGAUAAUAAAAACAAUAAACACAGUAUUUUAUCAGCAUUUAUGCAACUGGAUUGUUUGUGGGAAUCUAGUUGACCCUUACAAUGAAUUUUUCAUAUGCGAUGGAAAGGUGGCAGAUGAAAAUUUUUUGUAUCCUGAACAAUUGGCAGAGUAUAUAGAGCAACUGUCUGAUAAUGCGAAUUCUUCAUAUUCUAUAGCGAAAAAGGCAAAAAUUAGACGUCCACCACCAGUAAGAAAAUUUUACAUCAACUGGGAGAAGGUUCCAAUGUUUAUCAGCGAAGAUUCGGCUGAAAGUAUUCUUUUUAUGGGAAGAAUAGUAUGGAUUAUUAGAAAUGAUCCUAAAAAAGAAGAAAAUAUUGACGAUUACAACACAAAAUUCAAAAGAGAUAUUUGGGAAGGCAAAGAAAUUGAGUAUUAUAAUAAAAUACAAGUACUGGCGGACCAGAGUUUUAAUGCUGUACAAUUUAAGAAAACUAUCGAAGAAUGCCGAACAAAAUUGACCAAGUUUCUUUGGUCUAUAAUGCUUGAAGAAGGAAAUCUUGUAGAUCAUUUAAAGUUAAUUAGAGAUUUUUUUGCGCUUGGCAAAGGAGAACUUUUCCAGCAAUUUUUAACUGCGUCAAAUACAAAUUUGAAAAACGUGCCAGCGAAUGCUUUAAUGCAACAAAUAAAUUUCUUAUUUCACGAAACCUCAAGGAAAAUUUACGGCGAGAAUGAUAAAACUUAUCAAAAGUUUGAGCUGAGUUCUAAUCAUGUGGAAACUUCAAAUUCAAAUCUCUGGCAACACUUACAAUUAAAUUUCGAAAUCCAAUGGCCACUACACAUAGUUGAUCGACGUGUAUGGACACUUCGUCAAAACUUAAUGUUUUUGGUCAACAAUCUUCAAUAUUACAUGCAAGUUAAUGUGAUUGAAACUCAAUUUUCUAUAAUCCUGAAAGCUGUCGAGAGUGCCAGUGAAUUUGAAGAUUUUAUUAAAAUUCAUCAAGAAUUUAUUACAAAUCUUUUGGCUAAAAGUUUUGUCCUAACGCCAGAUGAAUCUCAAGACAGUAAAAGUAAAUACAGGUUAUAUCAAGUGCCGGCUUUACAAAACAACGUCCCAAGCAAAGUGUACAGGGUUAUAACAAGACUAUUGGAACUUUGCGAUGAAUUUUCCUUGAUUGCAAACACUUGGGAGGCCAGUCUUACAGAAGCCGACAAUGAAGAAUUGGAAAGUUUUCAAAAACGCUCCGAUAUUGCCAUAGAAACUUUACUAGUCGUGCUGCACCGAUUUCAUAAGAAAGUGAGUGGAGGACAUUUAUUGCAGCUACUAAUGCACUUAGAUUUUAACAGAUAUUUUAGCAGGAACAAGGCUGAUUGUAAUUUAACUGCAGCACUUAAUGGAUAUUGACGUUUGUAAUUAUUAUUGUUAUUUAAUUAAAUAGUAAUCAAACUGGGUUUUUUCCUAAAUGUUUUUUUUUUAUUAUUUUUGUCCAUUGGUGAUGGAUAAAUAAAUAAGCCCCAAUCAUAAAUGGAAUUCAGUACAUAAACAUAGAAAAAAAAUACAAAAUACCACAAUACAGUUAAAAAAAAAUUACAGUGCAAGGCAGUUUAGGUUACCGUACAAUCAACAUUAGUCCUGAAGACACAAUGCAAUAGUUGUUGCAUUUUGUCUUCCAACUUUUUUAUUCUAACUUGAUCCAUUAUUAACCAACCAAAACCUUCACCAACCAUAAGCCAUCUAAAUCCUAGUAAUUUCAUUAUUUGCUUUUCUUCAUUACUUUCAUAAAUAACACCAUAU